AAGCUUUUUAGCUGAGUGCACGGCGCGGCACGCACGCCUGUGUUACUUUGGACGACCGGAGGAGCUUUCUCAGAGCUCCAGGUGGCAAUGGCCAUGGAGGGUCAGGAGGAUUUUGCCGAGCUGGUGCUGGUCUCCAAGCAAGAAGGCGAUCUGCACGUGGGUCCGGAGCAGAUCGUCGUCAGGGACGGCCGACGCGUCCUGUUGGGACGGCUCGACUUCAACGACGUCCAGGUGAACCACCGGAAGAUCUCGGGCAAACAUCUGGAGCUUCGUUGGGCGUCAGGCCGCGUGGAGCUUCAGGUGUUGGGAUCGCUGGGAUGUUGGCUGAACGAUGUCUACAUGGACAAGGGCACAAAGUUCUGCAUGGACCACUCAGAGAAGAUCACCUUGGCCACCAAACCCAAGGACAUCAAGUCAGUCAAGGAACUGAAAGAUCAUGUUGAGAUUUGCAGCUUUCAGCUCAGAGUGCAUUCAAGACAGUCACCAAGAGAGGACUCCGAGAGGGUCUCUGGUCCAGCCGCCAUCAACGCAGCAACGCCCAAAUGCAAGGUGCGCCCAGCUCCGCCUCCCACGGCGGCACUAGCCGUGGCACUCGUGGCCCCUGUGGCCGCAGCACCGGCCGCGGCACUGGCCGCAGCACCUGGAGAGGAAGAGAUGGAGAGCCCCAGGACUUUGGACGAGCAGAAGCGCUUCGUCGCAGAGGAGAUGCAAAGGACCGAGGAACAGCUCAGGUCCAGAGUUCCAGGCAAUGAGCAUCGUAUUGGCAAAAGCAGGUGGAGCGCGAAGAACUUGAGUCGAAGAACAUGGCGUCCUUGGCACUUUCGGUUCCAGAGCCUUUGGUGACACCGAUGUGUCCUGCGAACGAGCCGAUGCCUGGUGAUGGAGGUGAAGCACCCAGAACCGUGCCGGCCACAUCGCCUGGAGCCACCGCGAGCACCACGCCCGGUGGCCUCGACGCGGCCAAAGCGGCGUCCAAACCGGCCGAGCCUUCCGGGCGUUUACCGUGUGGCAGGGAUGAGAGGACGAGGUCCUUUGCUGCAUGGGGAAUGCCGGUACCUCCUCAAGUGCCCCCAGCAGUAGCUUCGACCAUGGGAGUUGGAGCUGCCAGUGGUGGCAGUUUGGGAUAUGGUCACGACGGUCACGCUGCUCCAGGAACGCCAGACAGGACGUCCGGGACGGAUAUUCUUUU